AUGAUUAUUUCAAGUGGGUGGGUCAUGGGUAAAGGUGUUGUGAAGAUCUUGCGCCUGGUCUAUUGCGUUGAACAGAGACUUGACACUGUCUUCGGAACCAACAUGGACAACAACCCUGGCAAAGACAAAAGAGUGACUUCAAAUAGUAAGGGUGCCCCUUCCAAUAAGAGGGCGACAUCUAGGCGUCCAUACUGGCGCAAGGGUAAACGUCCAAAGUCCCCACCCCAAUCCUUGAGCAACAUUGCACCAUCGUCAGAACCACUGGAGGAGAAGCCUACGGAAGGAGCUCCACAAUCCCCACUUCAGUCUGAGCCUUUGACCAAGCAACUCCCCCUUUCUGUUGACUUACCCUUGUGUGUUAUACCCUGACUCUCAUGAAUAUACGUCUGUGUUUGUGAAUAGAA